CGUCUGCUUUUUCCUAUACGAGGGUAAAGCAAGAGAGGCAGUAAUUUAACCUUAGCAUAAACGCCACGAUUUCCAUCCCUCGCGGAUGCCAUUCACUACUUAAUGUUCACAUAUGUCAAAAAUGGUUUCAUUCAUUGGAUUCACCCGGGCGAAUCGACAGGGAAUCCAUUGUUAUUUGCUGUGUUAAGAAAGUUUUGAAUGAUAAACGAAACAUAGAACUGGUUUUUGCAAUGCACGUCAUUCCAGGGUGCGGCUACUUCGGGUCUUCGGUAUUUCUCACUGAAAGAGUAAAAAAUUUGUCAGUGGGCAAAAGAAAAAGAAAAAAAAAAAAUUUAUAACUGCCUAGUUCGGCUGCAGGACAGAAGGUGGCACCACAUUAUUGCUUACGCGCUCACAAAAAAAAACGCGAGAAAACAAACAGUGAAUCAACGACAAUUCUUCCACUGAACUUCAAGAUUCUUGAAUAAAUAAUACUGUCAAUUACUUUCUGAUAAUCCGUACAAAGACUUUAACAUGGAUUUAGAUUCUUCUCCAGACAAACGACAUCGCCAUCACAAGAAACAUAAACAUAAAAAGCAUAAAAAGCAUCGAAGAGGAAUAAAAGAGUUGAGCGAAGCUGAAGAGGGUAGUACCGAACAAGAAAUUGAACUUGACCAAAUCGAAUAUAGCAUGGACAUGAUCCACCACGAAGAAGCUGUAACAAUUCCGACAGAAGAACACUUUCUGAUGGAUGCAGAACACUGUGAAGGUGCUCUUGAAGUUAUUGAAGAGCUUGUAGAGAUAGACGAAAAUGAAAUAAGCACCAUCAACAUUGAAGAAAUGGUCUUGGAAAACUAUGGCCAGGACUAUGAUGAACUUGAUGUUGUAGAUGUGGAUGGGGUUGAUGAAGAAAUCCUUGAAGACAUUGAAGAAGAUUUGUUAGAUGAUGUUGACGAGUCAGAUGAAGAAGAAGAAGAACCUUUGGACAGCACACCUGAAAAGGCUAAACCUUUAGAAGAUUCGUCAAAAGGAAAAAGAGUUCGGGAUCGAUCGAAAAGAACUAGGGACGAUGGGGAUGGUUCCAGCGGGGAAGAGGCAUGGCUAAAAGCUUUGGAAUCAGGAAAAUUGGAAGAGAUUGACGAUGAAUUGAAAAAGAUCAAGAAUCCGAAGUUAAUGACAGUCCGCCAACGAGCGCUUCUAGAGCGGAAAGGAGAAUUGCAGAACGAAGAAAUCAUAAAAGAGGAACUAGUUGCCCUCCCAACGGGUUAUAAGGAACAAGUGAUGACAGAAGAAUUGCUGAAAAAGAAAGCUAUUAAAUCCGAAAGGCGACGUGAAGUUGCAGCACAAAAGAGAGAAAAGGAGAAGAAAAGAACAAUUGAUCGCCUUCUCCUAAAGAAAGAAAGCAAACUGAACAAAUCUUGUGCCCCAAGUAUAUCCGCUUCCACGUCGUCAGCUGUCGUUUCCGUUUCCAAUCACACAUCGUGUUACACAUGGAAGCAAACGUAUGAAGGGGGCAUCACCUUCAGUGUACCUAUAGGAACUGAAUUCCCUUUGGUGCCUCAGUCUGCCAAAGAUCCACCUGCUGGCAUAAAAUGUGGAGUGAAAGGUUGUGUAAAUCUCAAACGUUAUUCGUGUUCUAAGACCGGAGUACCAUUAUGCAGCCUGCAAUGUUACAAACAGAAUUUGACACUAGAAAGAUUACGUUGAAAACUUCUUUGCGAAAUUAAUUAAUAAAAAUUUUUUUGUGUGGAAA